AUGCCGAUAGCUUCACCUCAGGAGUUUGAAUAGUACAGGAUUAUUAUGAAAGAUUUCGAGGAAGGCUUCGGACAGGAUCUACAGAGAAGGCUUCAACGAUACGCCUCAUAACAUGAGAUAUGGCAUGAAUAGAUAUGGAAAGAUCAUGAGUUUUUAAGCAACAGGCAGUGGGAUUUGUUUUUUUGUGGAACUAGAACUCCUUAGCAUGGUUGUGAUACUAAUACUAUGAAAAAUCCUGAAGGAAAUGAAGUAAUGAUCCUAAUCAAAGACUAGAUUUUCUUUCUUAGUAUCGAUGCUACAGCAAGUACCAUCAGGAUUCAAUAUGAUCUAAUGGCAAUGUUAAGGAAUGUGUCAGAAAUGAAAGAAUGCAGAGAACCAAGCGUAGGAGUACUAACUUGCUUAGAUAGAGAUGAAUGGACUCUGGCUAGAAAGAAAUUAAUGAAAAACAAUCAUCGAAUUUUCGAUCAAAUUGACUCUUCACUAUUUGUCGUUUGUUUAGAUCAAGAUGAACAUUCAGAUUUAGUUGGGUUUUCAAAAGAAGUCCUACUCUCUAAAGAUGGAAGAAACAGGUGGUAUGAUAAAUCGUUUCAACUCAUUGUGUCACCAGAAGGAUAGGCAGGCAUAACUUUUGAGCAUUCUUAAUUGGACGGUGAUACUUCUGUGGAUUUUAUAAAGAUGCUAACAAGACUUGAAACUUGUUUCACAAGUACCUAAGAAACUAUUUAGAAAUUCACAUUGGAAGCACAGAGCAUUCACUAGCAAAUCUAUCAUAAUGAAGAGCUAACUUGCCAAUGGUUUGAGCAACACAAUACCAAAUCUGACACCUUUUGCUAAUUUGCAUAGGUCUAAGCAUUCAGCAACUUACAAAAGUUUCAUAUUGGAUAACUUAAAGAUAUUUUUGCUGGCAAUAUAAUCGAUACACAUUUAUUCAGCCUAGAGGUAAUGAUGAACUCCUAUGAAAGACAUGAGUUAUUUGAUCAUAUAUUAUAUAAACGAUUAAAUACUUGGGAUAUCCUCGCAAGUAACUUAUCACCUGCAAUUGGAGUUCAGACUACUGCUCUCUGUCCCGAAAGAACAAAUCUUUUUGAAAUCGCUUAUUAAAUUACCUCAAAGGGCAUCAAUGUAAAUAUAUCUGACAAAUCUCAUAGCCCAGAGAGGCUCAAACUUUAUAUUGAAAAUCUUAAGAAGAUAAUGAUCUAACUUAAGACUAAACUAACAGUACUAUAUUAAAAAUCCUAUGAUUGA